AUGAUAUCAAGUAGUGAUUCAACGAGCUCAGCUGAAGUCAAUUUUUCAUCGGUUGAGACCCCUGAACUCAUUUGUAUUUUUAGCCCACAUGAGAACAAAGAGGUAUGUUGUUGAUUUGGCAUAAUUUCUACACUGCAUAUGAUCAACUUAGCAGAAAUAUAUUUCCUCUAAUCUAUUUGCAUUAAACUGAAAGCUUUGAUUUUUAUUCAAAGUCUAAUUUUACCAUGUUCAUCUACUAAUUGCCAGUGCAGUGCAAUACUAAACACUCAAUGACUGGUCCCAAGGGAAAUAGUUAAUUUUGUUCCCUGAGAAUCUCAAUUCAGGGUGCAAAGAAAAUCUUUUUUACAGCUUGCCAUUAGGGCAAGCUGAAGCUAGCAUUUACUAGCCCAGACGUCAUUUCAACUAGCCCCAAAAGCUUUUCUCUUGAUUUAUCCCUAAUGUUUUAUUUUUAAAUCCCAAAAGAUUCACAGACCAGUGAAUGUUUUGACAGUGAGAUAGUACCUGUAAUCAAGAUUUUUCAUUUACCUUUUUGGUGAAGGACAGGCGGCUCAAACCUCCCAACUCCUGUACCUUGGUUUCCCGCCCCCAACCUGUUUUUCUUGGCCUCCCUUCAGCUCUUUUUCAAUUGCACAAUAUUAAGCAUUGUUGCAUGAUUUCUUCUUAUUUCUCCCAAUUCCCACUCUUUUAAAACUCCCAUCUCCUGCCCUUGUCUCUCUUUUAAUACCUCCCUUAACCCUUCCAACCCCUAUUCUCCUGGGCUUUCACACCCGUGUCUGCCCCCACUUUUCUGUAUCCAAAAUCAGAAGGGGUGGUUCAAAAUUUCAGUGUAAAAUUCUGAAAGUUGAUGAAUGGAACAGUUGCUUACAUUUUGCAUGCAUUAGCUUUGAUUUUUUUACCAGUUUGCACUGAACAAGAGAGAACAACUUUGCAAGGCAAUCCAAAUUUUUUUGAAAAAAUUUUACCUUGAAAUUUCAUCCCAUUGAUUAAUUGUUCUCGUAUGGUCAAAUAUUUCACAUUUCCAAAACUCAACAGUUUUUAGAUUUAUUGGAAAUCUCUCCCAUAAAGUUUUCCAAGCAUUAACUCUUGUUGAUAUAUUGGAAAGUUUCUUGAAUAUUGCUCUAUAUUAAGUUGUAAUUUAGCAGGUGUAGAUUGUCAUCCACCAUAGUAAACUCACUUUUUUACUUGUUUGUUUUCUCUUUUGUUAUUCUGUGUAGGAAAAAACUGUCAUUGCCGUGAUUUAUAUUCUGACAUCAUCUCUAAGGUACUACACUUGUCUUGAUAUCAGCAUGCAAAGGUCUUGUGCGAUAGCUUAGGGCUGGUGGAUUUUUUUGUUCACGCUUGUGAAUUCUGUUCUCAGAACUAAUUAGGAAGGCAGCGUGGCCGAGUGGUCAGCGUCCGGAAUUCUGUUCUUUGUGCUCGGUCGUCCCGAGAACUAUGGCCUUGAUGGGUUGUAUUUGAAUUAUUUGUUUCUAAAUAUUUUUAUUAGAAAUUAGAGAUUGAAAAACAAACAACUUAAGUACUGAUAGGAGAAGAAAAAUAACAUAAGUACUGUAGGAGAAAUUGAAAAUUCUUAGUAAAUUCAUGUAGACCAAAGCUAUUGGAUCAUUAAUAUACAUUUUUGGGAAACUGCCCACCAACCCCUCCCCUAAGCCAACAUUCUUCUUAGUGUUAAUGUUGGUUUAGGGGAGGGGUAUGUGGGCAGUUUCCCAGUAACGUAUAAUGACCCAAGCUAUUUUUCAAAAAUAAAUGAUAAGACAAAGUGAAGUCUACGAAAACAGGUAUCAGAUUACAUUUCAUAUAAGAUGCUGUGUGAUCACAAUUUUCAGUACCAUUGUUCACGAAAGGUCCAGUUUUGAAAUACCUUGGUUGAAAUAAGCCAUGCUCUCAGUUUGAUAUUGUCACAGCUUCACCCUGAACUAUUGGCUUUUAUUAAAAACUGAAUCACUGGAUAAUGCAAUUCUAGAAUCCUGAUUGGCUUAACCAUCAUGGUAUAUGAGCCAUUAUACCAUGCUCUCCAAAUAUGGUAACUGUUCGCGUCUGCUCAAAAUUAAAACCAAGCUGAAAAUUGGUUGUUUUUACCAAUAUAGUUGGGAAGAAUUCUCCAUAUUUUGUGGACGUUCUUAUUAAAACAAUUAUUCCACUGGCGCUUGUUGGAUAUCAGAUGAUUAUAGCCAACUCACCGCUACGUGCAUCAUUUGCUAUCUACCAUCUCAUAUCCAAUGCACUUCCAACACUGGAAUUAUAAUAUGUGACCCUUCAUGCAAAAAGGGGGCUUAUGGAUUUCACUAAAAACCGUGAAUUUUUUUCACGGUCACGGUGCGUGAAUUAGAGUUUUCACGGCGUGAAUUUCAAAUUCCACACCCUUUCACUCCAUGCGAAAAUUUUUCACUCUUGGCGUGAAACUAAUCAUGUUGCGACAGAUCGGCGAAGACUUCCACGCCGUGAUUAUUAACCGAUGUAAACUUUCACGCCAUGAAAUUAAGAGUGAACACAUUUUCACGCCGUGAAACAUGUCGAGGGUGAAUGAAAUCUAACCUGUUUUUUUUUUUUUUGUGUGUUUUUUCUUGCCCCUUUUUGAACUGGAAAAAAACUAGAAUACCUGGUCACGUCAAGCUAAAUUUGUGGAAGUUUAUCCCACACAAAAAAUGAUAUUUCUCUUAGCAUAUUCAAGCCGUUUUAAAUAGCUCAUGAAAAAAAUAAAAAAAACGUAUUCAGACUAUUCUGCGUUCAGGCCUGUAAAGCCACAAAUCACAAUCAAACUAGUCACAAUUUCUUGUCGAUAUUUUUAUGUGUUCAUGGCAAGCAUUUUAUUAGAUAUGCACAAUCGGAACUGCGUGUGUUUCAUGUCAAUUUGUUUACAUUGUCUGUAACUGCAACAGUCGGUGACUUUUGGCUCUUUUUUUCCUUCUCCGCAACGUGCAAAUUUUCCCAAUGUCGAUGUCAGAGACGCUUAGUUAUUUACCAAACAUGGCAAGGCUUUCACUCAAGAAACCUAACAAAAUUCUUUGCGGAAAGACUAACUAUUACUGCCAUUCCUAAAACCGGGAUAAUUGUCGUCUGUGUCGACGUGCAUUGCAGUGAAGUGCCUGAUCUUAUCUACAGUUUUGUAGCCCCAUCACACGUGCAAACUCUACUUGAUUUAUCAUGCCCCAUUUCAAGUUCCUUGUCUCUUUGCUAAAUGUUAUACUCACAAAUUUGCCGUUACUGAACAGAAGGGUAAAAAUGAAAUAAAUCCAAAAGAUAUCAGGCAAUAUGCGUUACAAAUUUCAUCUUGUCGCCACGAAGUCUAGCAUUUGCAUAACUUCGUGGAAGAGAUAAAAGCUUCUUUUGGUUGUAAAUUUAGAGAAUCUUCGGUGACUCACUUCUUAAGCGAUUUCAUCUGUUUUGCCGAAAAUCAAAAAUCAAAAAGUACUGACCAGUACAUGUUACAUUCAUGUGGGCAAAUAAAGGCUUGCAUGACAUCUAAACAAUAGACUUUUAAAACAAUGUACAUUUCAUUUUGACUGUUGCAAGAUUUUCACGGCGUGAAAUUAAAUUUCACGGUGACUGAAAUUUUUCACGGCAUGAAAUAUUUUCACGGCCAUUAUAAACUUUUUCACUGCGUGAAAUUUUCAAGGUAGCCGUGAAUUUUUCACGGCGUGUUGACGGCAUAAAAGAGAAAUUUCACUCACAUUCCAAAAAUUUUUCUUACUUUCACGGCCUGGAUCGUGAAAAUAGGCAAAGCGUGAAAUUUAGAUAAGCCCCCAAGUCACUUGAAGGGUCACAUAUUGUUAAUUAUGUUUUAGAAAGAAUCCCAGGCACCCUUGGUAAUUCUUUGGGUAAAAUGAAUGCUGUGGAGCCUCUAUUCAGGGACACCCUCGGCACCAAGGCAAGUGUCCCCUGAAUAGAGGCGUCCCCUAAAUGGAGGUUGAGGCUGGGGUUUGUUGAUAAUUAACCAACGAAUAAAGUAUUUUUUUAUUCUGCCUUGGAAUCUGCUGCAGUCAUUAUUUCAAGCAGCUAGAUAAUGUAUAAAAAAUCACAAUUGAUUUAUCUCUGCGAUGUUGUGUGCUGAAUUCCCACAAGUGCAGUACAUCAAUUUAAGUGAGAUUGUUAAUGUUUUGAAAGUUGUUGCCAUUGUGACUCAUGUACAGUCAAACCUCUCCUUACGGACACCUCUAUAAUACAGACACCUCUACAAUAUGGACACCUCUAUAAUAUGGACACCUCUACAAUAUGGGCACCUCUAUAAUAUGGACACCUCUAUAAUAUGGACACCUCUAUAAUAUGGACAUCUCCAUAAGGGAACGCGUCCAAAUAUCGGCAUCGGGUCACACCGAUGCCGAUCAAUUGGGCCCUGUGCUAACCAGAACCCAAAACGCAUGGUUAUAGGAAUCUUUGGAGGAAUAAACAGUUUAGGACUGUAAACGAAAAAAUAGAAGUCAGAACAUCCACGACCAAAAUGCAAAUGUUGUUACCAUGCCCGGUUACCAUGUCGUGUACUUUAACUGCUAAAUUGCCACAGGAGAGAAGAGGACAUCGUCUGAGAAUCAAGCUGCAAGUUGUUUAUUGGUUGCAUAUGAACUCAAAAAAGUGACUGAUGGAGGCGUUCAACUGGUUUUCUCCUUCUCGAUUGUCUUUCUGCUAUUGAGUCGAACUUACCGGAUGUAUGCCAGUUUGCUUUAGUUGAACACUCCGGUAAAAUAGGUUCUGAUUUUUGUCAAACAGUCAGCCACCUAGAGUCAAGUGCAGAUUUUUCUAAGUGCUGAGAGUGGAAAGCAAUUUCACGUGGCACCAUGCUCAAGCUCACAGAACAUACAGCAAAGUCGCUAAUCUUUCAGUUCUUGUGCAAAUUCCCUGGAGACAAUCUGAGGCCACAAUCUAAUUGGUCGGUAUUUUUUGCCUCAGAUCGCAUUACACCUUGCGUUUAGGAUCGUUGAAUGAAAGACGCAAAUUUUCGUAAAAGUUUAUCCCGUGGUUUUAUAUUAUCCAUGGUUUUGCUCUCGCUCCGCUCGCUAGGAAACCCGUUGAGGUCUACUUGUAACAAGUCUAUGAAUCCAUCUGUGUUUCGAGAAAGUGAGUUCCGGUUGUGUUUUUGGAUUGCAUUGUUAGAAAUUUCGAGUAAAAAACACACUACUCAGUAAGGUGUUUUGUUUGCUGUAUAUCAACGAAGAACAGUGGUGUUUUGCGUUGUAAUAUUUAACUCCUUUUAAUUUUCAUAGAGUAAAUGUUAUGGAGCAGCGUGGUGUUUGCGAUCGACUGAAGGAAAUACCUCUGCAAAACGCCGAAAAUCACGUGUAUAGGCACGCAUCAAAUCAACAAACUCGAAACACAACAUGCAGGAACAUACAAAAGUUUUUAUCUCGGAAACGGCAACUGGUGCCUAUAGAUCGGGAUUCCCAUCAAUCGUUUGUCCGUUUCCCAUGAUCGGGUUCCCCAAAUUUGCCAAAACAGCUCUCUAUACAUUUUGUUUGAUCCCAGAAAUGCCAAAAAUCAUACAUUCCCUACAUCUAUAAUAUGGACACCUCUGUAAAGCGGACACUUGGCUCUGUCCCUUUCAGUGUCUGUAUUUAAGAGGUUUGACUGUACACUUAACUUAUCAAACAUUUUAGUGGUCAGUCACUUUUUUAAGUAGGUAGAGGUGUCUCUUCAAUAGAAGUAACAAAGUAAAGAUUAUGUGAACAUUUUUCUGGGACCAAAUUUUGUGUCCUCUGAAUGGAGGUGUCUCUCGAGUAGAGAUGACUAAAAGGGGGGGUUGUACUGUAAAAAUAUCUGAGAAGGGCUCCUAUGGCCCUACAAUCCUGGACAAGACUACUUCAUAAUGUGCACUAUCCUUCGCAACAAAACUAUUUCCAAAACAACGGCUUUGCAGAAAGAAAUCCUCUUCCUCCAGUUCAAUGUUGCUUCCUACAAACGGCGAGGGAUCAGGCUUCUUUUGAACACACAACAACGUUGCUCCCAGGGGAAGGGGGAGAGGGAAGAAUCAGUACAGCUAUGAUGUUUUAGAAAAAAAUAAUACUCCCCAAGUAUGCAAUUUUCUCAACAGUUUUGUUCAAGAUUGUAGCUUUCCAUGUAGGAUUUCUUAGGGUAGCCAUAAUUUACAAGAACUACAAAUUUUUUGUUUGACCUUAAAAUCAUGGCAAUUUCUGUUUCGUUACAGUAUUGUUGGAGCUGGAUCAAUUCUUAUAUAUGCAUUUUCAAAAAGGAUUGUAAGAAGUCCUGAGGUUUGUGAAAAUAUUAUUUUAGUACAUAAUUUACACCAUAUCAAGCAGGUUUAAAAUAUUAUUGUUGAUCCUUGUAAGCCCUAAUAUCCAAUUAGAAGUUCUCCAAACUAUUAAAUCUCCAUACAUUUACCUAAAGAACCAGUUGAGAGAACUUGAUAUAAGAUCUAAGCAUUUUCUGCUAUGCUGUAGGUCAUCAUUUUAGUAAUGAUCAAAACCCUUCCCCUUGGUUGUGUUUUACAUGUGUAUUCAGAGAUGCCAUCUCUGGAGAUCUAAAAUCUGGAGAUGCUCUUUUUUUUACUAUCCCCCCAGAAUUUCAACACACCGCCCCACCCCCACCCCGACAAAUUGACCUAGCCCCCAAUGGGAAUGACCUAGGACAUUAUACAAAGUCUUACAUGAGGUACAUACUAUUAAAAUUCGCAGUCAUUGUUUUGAUGCCAGAAAUAAUCUGUCAGUGACUAAAUACGUGCAAAAAUGCCCCAGACUCCAUACUGCGAAUAACAGAAAUUCAAGUUUUGAGCUAAAAUAGGCUAAAUCUCAAACUAAGAUACAGAAAAGCUUAAAAGAUGAUUUUAUCUGGGAGAUAUCGUAACCCGUAUGGGGGAGCGGGAGAUUGGUGCCGUAUCUGGGAGAGUUGGCCUGUAUGUAUAUUGUCAGGAGAGAAUUGAUGUUGGUCAGAUAUCGGACUUAAAGGAUUAGUAUAGAGAUAACAUAGAGUUAUUUCUUAAUGUUUUUAUUACUGUAGGUUCAUCCGUUGUUUCACCUGGCCCUAGCAGACCUAAUUCUGGCUUCUCUGUGGCUCUCAGGAGCUUGUACCUGGUUUCAUAACAAAUAUCAAGAUUGCUUUUACUUGGAUGCAUUUGGAGAGGUAAAAAUGUUCGACUUUUUCUAAUCACUUGAAUGAUACUUUCACAUGAAACAUGUCACAGUCAGGGUAGCAUUCAGAUGACGGGUACUAAAGGGACGUUUGGCUGGGGGUGUACUGCUACUGAAUCCUACGAACUCUCAAGUCCCAUUUACACUACAGAAAAAACUGGGUCGGGACCCAUUAAAAAGUGGUGCGGAUCAAUUGUUUACGUGGGUGACAAUCCGGUGAGGCUUAUGAUUGAAAAGUGCAAUAUUUAGUACACAUUCGCAAAACCGCCGUAAAGUGCGGCAGGCUCACAUGAAGAAGAUGGCAUGGAACAAAGAUGCAUUUACACUGCACUUUUGAACAGCAAAAGUGGUCCGAACUCAUUUUUUGCGGUUUUGAAGCCAUAGCCGCCUAUGGCCCCAAAACCAGAAAAAACCGAGUCCAGAUCUAUUUCAUGAAAACAUGGUAUGGAAGGUUUACACAGCAAAAAUAUCUGGUGCAUACCAACUUUUUUGUGGGUCUGGACCCAUUUUUUCCUCUAGUGUAAAUGGGGCUUUAAGCAGUCUAAGAUAAGAGAUCUUUCUUUUGUGAUCCAUGCAUCUAGUUUGCUUCUUUAACCAUUUCACUGCCAAGAGUGGCCAAAGGCAAAAUUCAGCAAAAAUUCCCAAAUUUCAUUUUGUAAAAUUUCGAAAAAAAAAUAGUACCAUGUGAAAGUAAUGGUAGAGAGUUUUCAUUUGAAUGGUCACUAGCUCCACUAGAUUUCGUCCUCAGACUCAAAAGUUAGAGCCACUGCAAAACUCCUUUAUAAUUAUUAUUCACUCUGGCUUUGAAAGGGUUAAUUUGGAGUCAAUGAGCCUUAUUCCAUAAUAAUCACAGAUCAUACCACGCAUAUGGAUGAAGUACCACCAAGGUCUACUUCCUGUUCUUUAAGGCAUGUAGGCAUACAGUCCAGCAAGACUGGACACCUAAACAUUCAAUUAAGGAACCAAAUAGCAAAAUUGUAUACUUAAUAAGACUUGUGACCUCUAAAAACUACACCCCGUUUGAUGGCACAUAUUAGAGAGAUAAUUAAGAGUCGUGUUUACGGCAAAUGACAAAUGUCAAAUUCAAGUUGGCAAUUUCUCAGAAUAGAAAAUAAGCAGCUAUAAACUGUCCAGAACAAUUCUUAUGGAUACACUGGCAUGAAACUUGAGUAGAAGUAAUAAUUUUAAUAAACAGUAAACAACAAUUAUCAAGGGGAAAACUUGGUCGUGUGAUACAAAUUCUUGUUUGUCGUUUGGGGACUUCCCUUUUAAAUACUGGUGGGGGUAUGAUAUGAUCCUCCAAUGAAAGAUUUAUCCAGUUUCAAGCAUAAAAUUAAAAAUAUUUAUUUACUAUUAACAUUAAAAUUUGACUUUAAUGUAAUGUACCUCAGAAUAAGGCUGUAAUUAACUGUAAUAAGUUUGCAAGACUGGACCAUUUCUUUUAUUACAUUGCUUGACUUUGACUUCAAAAUGUGUUUUUUUUUGGUAAACUUUCUGGCUAAGUCUGUCUGUCAACCAGUGCUGAAGUCUUUGUUCUGGGACUCCACCUGUGUACCAGGAUUUGUUAAAAUUGACUGUUAAAAAUGCUCUUGUCAAUUUGCCAGUCAGGUUGAAGAGAAAUUUGAAACGCUUUUCUGUUUUUUUUGUUGAGUCCAUUAAGAUAUUGGUGACCCAGAACAAGGCCAUCGGCACUGCUUUGCAGAUGUUACUGACCGGGCUUAAAAUAAUUAUGUCUGCAACAGCCGGGGGCCGGGUAUUUUCCCCGGCUACUAAGAUCACUGGUCCCCGGCUACUUUUAUUGGAAAAUAGAAGAAAAAUAGAACCAAAAGAAAUCCCUAGCUGUUUGAUUCCCCGCCUACUUGAUGUAUUUACCCGGCAACUUGAAAUCUUAGUGACAACCCUGUAAUUAUGUCUGCAACACAGGGUAUUUUACAUGAUAACCAUCUGAAAUACCAAAGUGUAGCCUGCGAGCAAGCUCUCCGGGGCAUUCUGGCAGCAGGGCAGGAAAAGGGAGGAGAGCUUGCAACUACGCCUCUGGAAUUUGAAUAUGUGCAUUAAAAAAGUUGAAGUGAAAUGCUGAUUGGCUGAGAUGAUAUUAGUAACGACGUCAUUACCCUUGGCACGUAUUUUUGCACGUAUGUUUGUUUACAUCUGCACUUGUUUUUGCUUCGCACUGUUUGGCAGAAAUCUCACAGCUCACUUGACAGGGAGCCACAGGGGGAAUUGGAGAUGUAGUUGCAAGCUCUCCUUCCUUUUCCUGCCCCUCGACCAGAGCGCCUGGGAGAGCUUGCUCGCAGGCUAACCAAAGUGCAUCAUUCUUGACACCUGUUAUUUUCACCCUUGUUCUCCUUUAUGCAGAUGGCACACCUUGCCUCAUUCUUCUUGACUGUAAAUUAUGCAUUAACUGCAUACAUGAGACUACGAGAAAAGGCUGACACCAUCACCAACUUACCAUUUUCCUCAGUAAGUACAUGUAUUAGAACAAUUUUCCUAUAUUAAUAUUAAUCUGUGCCAUGUUCACACCUCAUCUUAACCAUUUCUAGGAUUUUUUGUAGUGGGGGGGAGGGGGGUGGUGGUGGUGAGGGGAGUCACGCCAUAUUACACCUAGCUAUAGGGUAAUAAUGAAUAAUUAUUGCAUAUUGUUGUUUUGACAUCCAUGCUGUGUUUUGCUUAAAGUGAUAUUUUUUUUGGAUGAGCAUGGAAGUUUGGGAAGGGGCAAGCCUACAAAAAGGCGGAAAUAUUUAUAUAUCUGUUAACAAACUUUGCCAAUGCAAGAGGCCUGGAACACUCACAGUGCAAGCUCCACUGUGAGGUCAAGAAAAAAUAUAUAUACAGUCAAACCUCUUUAAUAUGGACACCAAAGGGACAGAACCAAUUAAUUGUCUGCUUUACAGAAGUGUCCGUAUUAUAGAGUUAGCUGGGGAAAUAUGUAUGAUUUUUGGCCUCUCUGGGACCAAACAAACUGUCCAUAAUAGAGAGGUGUCAGUUAGGAGAGAUUAGACUGUAUGUAACUAUGUAUAAAUGGUAAACCAAAAUUUGACCCUUUUUCAAAAACAUUAAGUUAAGGAUUUUGGUAUGGACUUUGGUUAGUAUCCAUUUUCGAGCAUCUGGGGAGAAAAAGAAAAGGGAUAACUCUCACAAAGGGAUGUCACAGGCACCCCAAUACAGGGUGCCUCCCAUUCUUGAGUUCCUGGGUUCCCAACUGUUACUUUAAAUUCCUGAUCUAGGACAAGGCUUGCUAAAUGCCUUGCUGUGCCGUUUGUGGUAUAAGUGCUUCUGUUGGGCUUGUUUCACUUGCUGCCUAGUACUAAUGAUUGUUGUCAUGGUUAGCACCUCCCCUCACGUGGGACUUUUGUUGCGGAUCAACUUUGAUUUUUCGUCAAAAUUUUGUAACCUAGUGUGAUUGUCAAUUUUCUUUGUUGCCUCCUAGGGCUAGUAGACAAAGAAAAUUUUUGAGAGUCAACCUAGAAAUCACUUUUGACCUGUAACACUUUCCUCAGAAGAUUAAUUAUUAACAAUGGCCAAGCCUAAAGCAUCUUUGCGGGACUUGGUAGUUUACUGUCAAUAGGGGUUGCCUAGAUAGAGAGAGUCAGACAAGUGGGAUAUUUUGGAGUCUAGAAUAGUUUUGUGGCUUUCUCUAUAGUUCACUUGGCAAUCUUGACUUGACUUAUGUUGAACCAUUUCUAUGCAGAUACAGGGCUGUGAACCCCCCAUGUUUUUAGAUAUAAUUUUAGAAUUGAUAUGGAAGAGAUGACAGAUGAUGUCGUAACACACGGCGCAUGAAGUCAUUUGUACAAAAAAAUAUAACUGUUGACUGCAAUCAUCACAAAUUUGCCAUGACACAAAACACGCAAAAAUGUGUUGUUUGCAUUAUAACAUUUGACCUGAUCAAUUGGUUUACUUCCCCACAAUCACAUUAUUAUAUUACAAUGGCGUACCAGAGUUUAUGAGGAAACGUUUGAUGUUAACAUUAAAAUAGCUCAAACAAUACAAAAUAAUUGAAAUUUUAUUGUCAGAAAGUUGGGUCUACUGAAGAAAAAGCAAACUUUGAUGUUUAUCCAGGAUAUUUUAUACUGUAACCUGGAGACCGGCAGGUACGGUCUCUCUCGGAUUAUCCUGGGGAGUUGACAGCACUGUAGAUAGCUGGGGGAAACUUGUAACAACUGAACCUAUAAUAUUCCUGUGCAAAUUGAUGAUAUUGGCCUUGAAAGUACAGGCCAUUACCUAACUUCACAGUCUGUCGUGACAUUUAUAAUGAUUCUUUCAGGUAGCUUAUCGGGAGAAAUGUUCCAUCUGGUUUUCUAGGAUUUUUUACGUUCUAUGCUGGUAAGUGUAUGUGACUGUGUUUUCUUGUAAAAAAGGAGAGACUGAUUUCAUGUGCAACUGAGUCACCUGUUGCUUCAAAACAAUAUGUAACUCGUCACUGUACUACUGCAUCAAAUUAUUUUAAGUGUGUGACAUCAGCUCCGUGUAUAUUUCAGGAGUUCAGAGGGGUUUGCCCAAUAUUGAGUAAACACUUUUUUGAAAAAUAUACAUUUGCUAAAUCUUGCUGGCAGGUGAAACAUAAAAAAAACAGCUUGUUAGGCAUGGAGUUCCUGGUCAAUGUAUGAGUAGUACAUGCAACAUUGAUAGCAAUAAAAUUAUUGGUAUUGGUGCUAGUUUUAUUAUUAUUAUUAUUAUUAUUAUUAUUAUUAUUAUUAUUAUUAUUAUUAUUAUUAUCAUUAUGAUUAUUCUGUUUGUACAUAAAGAUAAGAAAAAUAAUACCCACAAUGACUAUAGGUUGCCAUUGGCCCUAAAACAUUUUUUACGUGACAUAUAAUAAAAGAAUUCUUUGUUAUUAAUUUUUAUUGUCCUAGAUGAUUGAUUGAUUGAUUUCACUUGCUACCUAGAACCUAAAUUGUUCAGGGAGCUAACAAGAAAUGCAAAUGGUUCAUUUAGCUUCCUAGCUUGCACAUUAUUCUCAUUACGUUUAAUUUAUCUUCUAUUGUAAGUAAAUUUACGAGAUUGUGAUAUCAACCAUGUACAUCAACAAAAGCAUAAUAAAGAUUAAUGUAUUAUUCUGUGAUGAUUAUACAGUCAUGUACAUGGUAUGCUGUUCCCUGAAAAUUUAAAAUGUAAUGUACAAAAAAAAAAUUAAUAUUAUUACAAUAAACAAGAAAAAACUUAAUCACUGACUUCAGCAUUUUUUUAUACUUUACAAAGGCUUACUCCAUUGGUGAUAAUGCUUCCUUUGUUGAUUAAUGGUGGAGGUGACUUAAAAGAGACUCCUCAAGACUGUACACUGUAAGAUAGAUUAUCUUUCCUUUUCUUUUGUAUUAAUUUUAACAAUAAGUUUACCAUUUCUUUUCCUUCUUGGUUAUACCAUCUUUUAGAUGCCACUGUAACUCUACAUAAUGUUCUGUUCAACAUGAAGGAUGCUAUGAAGUCAAAAACUUGCUCUUAUCUAACAUACUAUAGAUUUAGCCGAAGCUAAGAGCAAUUAGCUCCUAGCUUAUAUUUACUUCAAACAAUAAACUUGUAACUAUCACAAAGAAAUCUAAUUGGAGUUGAGCCUGCAAUCAGUUGAAAACUAGAAACUUGUCAGCAAAAUUCUUCAAAAAAGUAUGUGUCCUCAAUGGCACCUGAGACUCGUGAGCCCAAGAAAUAUGGUCAUAUGAUACUGAUCAGCAGAUGCCAUGUUUUGACAGCUGUCAAUUGACCACAACAUGGAUGUGCAAUAUUAGGUCCCACACUGUAGCGAAAAAGUGUGACAUUUCACAUUGGUUUCCCUGUGGUGCAGACUGCAGACGGACAGGUGGACGCACAGACGUACCAAAAUUUCUUGGAUGGAUAGAUAACCAAGUUUUCUUAGCUUAAUGGGGCUCUGAUCGUGCACUCAAGGAGCUGGGUUAUUAUAGCCUGUGCAAGGCCCUCAGUUAUUACCAAUAUUGCAAAAACAAGCUAUGCCAAUCGAUAAAAAAAUUACUUGUGGCUAGAGAGAGAUAACUGAAACAUAGCGGCAUAGCAAAACAGAGGUUUCUGUUAAGGAGGAGGAUGCAAAGGAGGGUGUCUGGGCUUUGUAUUAGUAGAGGUAACCUGUGGUCAGGCUCUAUUUUCAUUUUGCUUUGUAAAUAGCGGGACUACCCAUGAGAGAAUAUAUGGGAACUGCUAAAAUUGGGCCUGAUCUCAGGUUAAUUAGAGAGAAUUACAAUCAUGUUAACAGAAAAUGGCUAACUUAACUCAAGAUUCAAGUUGACAAUAUAUUCUCAAAUUAGGAGAUGAGCAGGCAAAAACUGUCCAAAAUAGGAGAUUGCCAGUAUCGAGAAAACUUGGUCGCAUGGUACAAUUUGUCAUUUGCUAUUUUCUGUGAACAUUCUUUAAAAUCUCUCUUGAUCUGCUGUGAUACUCCACAGCAUUAUAUACUAUACAUGGAUGUUCAAUUUUUUUUUUUCAGUUGCCUGUUACUCUUUGAUCGGCCAAAGCCUAAAAAGCCGAAGGUUGGUUUUAUUAGGUUGGUUAGUGCAAGGCUCUGGAAACUGCCCAUGUACCCCACCCCUAACCCAACAAUUUGCCUUAAGUUAGAAGUUGGUGUAAAUGUUGGUUUCUGGGAUCGGUAGGAAGGUAGUUUUCUAGAAUCUUGUACUGAUGUGUUAGUUUCACUUGUUUCUCAGUGAAAAGAUUGAUUGGCUCAAAAAACUAUAUGCCGAAAUGAAUAUGUAUAAACCUGGUAGUUAGAUUGAAUAUUUUGAAUAUCUGUAUACAUAUUGGCAUUAUACAAGUUAAUAAUAUUAUUAUUUUAUUAUUAUAAUUAAAAUAAUUAUUACUUUCUUGGAAUGUAUCAUCAGUUCCUGUAAUCUUUGUGAAAGAUUUGUUUCUGAUUUGACAGUUCACUGGACAAUAGGAAAAAAAAUACUGCUUUGUUGCAAAGAUGAGUUAAAAUUCAAAUUGCUUUAUUCAAAUUAGUUUCAACUGUUGUGAUUAAAUAAAAAUAAAUGUAUAUACUUUGAAACAUUUGUCACUGACAUGUCUCUCUAAAUCAAUCUGUUCUAAUUCUGUUCUGGUUAAGAACCUGCAAUCAACUUGGUGGUCGUAUGGAUCAAUAGCCUUGACAGCAACACUAACCUUCUCCAUCAUAACACUAGUGGUAAGAAUAUUUGGUCAUCCUAGCAUUGUAAUAUGUUUGCUCAACCAGUAGUUGCUAUUUUUUUGCACUGUGAUUGGCUAAAUAAAAUUAUUGGCCUUUUGCCAUUUAUGGAAGUAAGUUCGCUCACCAGUCUUAUGUUAUAUUUUCAUCUCCUGUAAACAAAAAACUACAUCCAUUCAUAAGCCCUCCAGGAUAUAAGCAAGCCCCCCCCCCCCCAAUGUAUUGAAAUGAUUAACAUUUAUAUACAGCCAUUUUGUGAAAAGUUGUCACAAACAAUGCGCACGUGACAAUCCCGAAAGGUAAUAUGGGAUAUGAUGAAUACACUGUUCCUGACACUGUAGCUCUCGAAUCUACUUUUGUUGUUUUCGUUUAGCACUCACAAACAUAAGUCCAUGGCCUCUCGUGGCAUUCUUUCAAAUUUCUUUGAAGAACAUUGAACUCAAAACCACCCACAAUACGGGAUUGUUGCGUGCACUUUUUCUGACAACCUCUCUUGAAAUAACUAUAUAGCGGUACAUAUAUUUAUUAUAAAGUUGUAAGGCACAUCAAAACAAGGAAGAAAAAUAACAGCAAGGGUGGCUGAUGAAGGGAUCCAGAACGGUUCCAAAAGUUUCUUAAUAAUAAUAUUAACAAUAAUGAUAAUAAUAAUUCAUAUAGUGCUAUUCAGCUACUCUCUAAUUAAAAUGUAAAUAGGUGUACUAGAAAUAAAAGUAACUGUUUUGUAACUUUUAAGAAAUUAUUGAUGAUGAAGAAUAUUUCCCUGUAAAUGAGUGCUGUUUUUCUGACUACUGUUUUAUCUUCUGAUAAUACCCUGGAAAGCUUGUCAAGUUAAAUAUCAAUAUCUCAGUUCGUCUAAUUCUGCUGAUGGUAAUCGUGUUGAUUAUUGCAAACAUAGUUGUCAUGGUAACCAGCACUGGCUAAUCAACCCAACCCACAAAUAUUUUAUUGCACAUUUUUAUAGUAUUCACACUAACAAAAUAUUAAUUAUUAAUAGAAUAAUUUAUUUUUUAUAAUUAUUAUUCAUAUAUAUUGUUAUAAUUAUUAAUAACAAUUAUAUUAUACUAAACUGAUCAGAAAUGCAUUAAGUAAUCCUUACAGAAGUAUAUCUACUUGAAGAUCGUUAUUUACCGAUGCAACAAAUUUUAUCCUUUUAAGAAAGUCUGCGAGCACUUUGUGUUAAGAACCUACCGACUAGAUCAACAUACAAACAAACAUAGCUCUGAUUAAAUAAAAUGUUUUAUAUUUUCUCAACAGCUUUUGUAUUUCAUGAUGCUCAGAGCUUACAGAAAGGCUGUUCUUAACUCAGGUUGGUUUUACUUUUUGUACUGACUCCCUACUAUAACGUACGUGGUAUUAAUUCGUGUGGAUUGGAGUGGAGCUAUUCCUAUAUAGGUACAAUAAUAUUAGUGGCUUAAGUGGUUGACACACUUGUCUAAAACGCGCGCUUCUAUUGACAAUUUCUUUCAUUUAUCAUAUCAUUCUGUUUUAACGCCAAAAAACCCCCACCCCCGAAUCAAUGUUGUUUAUAGUUGAAGAAAGACAAGGGGUUUCAAAUGCAACAUUGGUUUGGGAGGAGGGGGUGGGGAUACACAGGGGGAGGGGACAGAUGUCCACUAUAUGUAAAAAGGGGGCUAUUUUUUUUUUAUGGAAGUGCCUCAACACUUUUGUCCCCUUUUUGUCCCUCUUUUGAGGUAGCUGGAGAGAAAAAUGCGGGAUAUUUUCCAACAGAUGAACAUCCACAGAAAUGGUAAAACAAUACUCUUUUCCUGCUGAUGAGAGCUUCGUACUAAAAGUACUGCGCAGUUGUUGCAAAACCUGAAAGAUUCAGUACUUUUCUCCUGACUGAGCGUGAAUAUGUUAAACAAUAUGUUGACAAUAUAUGGAUAAGGUGAUGAUCUCACUAGGACCUCGUGUCGUCCAAUAUUCGGUCUGUAGUCAUACUCGUGAUUAAACAAAUCGGACUACUCAUAUGAUUGCAGACCGAAUUGGAUUCCACUCAGUCCUAUUAUCGUUAUUAAUUUAUUACGGCAGCCGGAAUAGCUUAGUUGGUAGAGCGCUUGACGGCAAUGCGGGAGAUCAAGUGUUUGAUUCUUGUAGCCGGACAAAUCAGACCAAUACAGUAAAACUCCUCGACUAAGAACCUGGAUUUUUCCAAGUUAGCCUAAACACGUUCUUAUAUAAAUGGUAGUUAGCACAAGUUUAGGUACGUAGGUUCUUAAAUAGGUUCUUAGUUUCCAAAGAAAAAAUAUACAAUAUAGCUAAGAGUAUUUGGUGGUUCAGUUGGCAUAUCUUAUAUUUGUCUAAGUGUGCAGAAGUUUUUCAUGGAUUUUAGAAAAUAAGAACCUGUUUCAAAUUUUAGGCUAAAGAGGUUCUUAAAUAGAGGGGGCUUAACUGGCAAAUUUUAGCCUAAAAUAUUCUUAAAAUCCAGGUUCUUAGUCGCGAGGUUUUACUGUACUCAGGUUCUUAAAAUAACUGAGAAAUGAAGGUACUUCCUUUGCCUUGUAAACAGCUAGAUCUUCGCGUGACUCGGAUGACCUCAUAAAAUGGCGGUCCCGUCUCCAGUAGGAAACGUAAAAUAUUAUCCCCAAUAAUUAUUUAUACUUUCGUGCUAAAUACAUUUACGCUUAAAUGAAGUGCUUUUUGUUUUCUUUUCAGGGGUAUUAACGGACAUCCAGCGAGCCAACAUAGAUGCUAUCCGAAACAGAAUUUUCCUCUAUGUACUGGUAUUUGUGGUGUGUUGGAGUCCUGGUAAAUGUCUUUUUGAGUUUUAAUCCUUUCGGUGUAUUUGAUAAGGUCCUUGUAGUCCACGUAGCAGCAAGUGAUAUGGGCACAAGGAAGAACAGGGUGCGCGAGGGGGACACGCGAGUCGCUUUCCCCUCGCGUGUUUCCGUCGGGCGCCCCUUUCUCUAUCGCACCCCAGAUCGCACCCAUAACUUCCAAGCGCUUGCUGCGCAGACUAGGUACUUAACAUCUGGACAAAGAAGCAUUCAUCAGAGAUCGUCAUCAGACUCUUCCAAUUUUGACCCAAUAUAGCAUCCAUAGCUGGCGGAUUUCUUUGAGCUAAACUGAGUAUCAUUUGGUUUUGGGAAGAUAGAGGGGAGGGAAAGAGAGAAGCGAGAAGAAAGACAGCUCCUUUGCACUGUGGCUCUUAAUUAUCUCCUCUCCUCUCAUCCCUGAGGAAGGCACGAUACUCAGGUCGUGAUAAAGUGAGAGGAAACCGGGAAAAUGGGUAGGAGAGUCGCAAGAGGAAUGAGAAAAGUGGCCUGUGUAGCAAGCGUUGAAGAAAGACCGAGGAAGGAGAUUUUCGGUUUUGACCGAGCGAGAAAUGAAACGAGAGCCAAAAAAUGAAAGAGGAGGGAGGGGGAGGAGAAGGAAGGAAACGGAUUAAAAAGACAAAUGUACAAAGCCUGCAUUGAUCGUUCGGGUUUAUUGAGAUUUCACGCCGUCUACGCGUUCCAAAAUACAAAACAAAAAUAUUUUGGUUUCACACACGCGUCCUCUAAAGUUCAUUUCCGCUCCACGGAAGGCCAAACAUUUUAUUGGUCAAUUAUGGCAGCUGAUGACAGCAUCAAAUGUCGAUGCGCGAACUUAGGCAUAACAGGCCAAGUGGCGGUUUUCAAAAUCCCGGGGUUUGUCUGCAAGUCCCGGGGGGGGGGGAACUCCCUUGAAAGAGCUUAAUGGGGACGUGGGGCCAGCCAGGGUAUGUUUUUCGGGAUUUUUGUCUUAAACAGGGUAUCUUUUUAAAUAGUUUUGUGAUUGCCAAUGGAUUUGAUAAGAAAGAGUUUCGAUAUUUAUUAUUGUCUUACACAGGCAGGUUCAGGUUAAAUGUCUUAAACAGGGUAUCAAAAAUCGGAAUUCUGUCUUAAACAGGGUAGGAAAAUCAGCGGUUUUUGUCUUAAACAGGGUCAGGGUCGGUCAGGGUAUGAGGGGUUGGGCCGCACCUCCCCACCCAAAGAUAUAUCGAGUACCCACCCAUCCCCCCCCCGGCUGCAAGCGUUUCCUUCCUUUCUUCCCCACCCCAUUCCCCCCUCUUUUAGUUGCGACAUUUUCCGCGCGGUCUUUGACUCUCGUUCCUCGUUCUUUGCUCAUAGACCGCACAGAAACACCUGCUACGCGAGUUAUGAGAAAAGGAAAGAGAAAAACCUACUUCUCCCCCAGUCUGCGUGGCAGUUGUUUCCAAUUUCCUUUUAGCCAAACGUGAGCAGCAUAAGAUACGCGCAAGAAGGGAGCGAAAAUAUUAAAGGAUGGGGGCUAGGGGGAGGGGUGACCGGAAGGGAUUUGGUCUAUUUGGUCUAUUUCUCCCCACCCCUGUCCACCAGAACGUCCUUGCAGGCUAAGCGAAGUGUGCUUUUUUUUACAGUCGUAAAGUUUCCUUCCUUUUUUUACAUUCUUUUGCUGUUUCCCUUGGUGCAUAAAACAGUUACAUUAUCUGCUGAUUAAAAUUUCUUAAUCUACUUCAAAAGCAAAUUGAUGGAUUUAUAUCGGGUUUUUUCUUUCAUCUCAGCACUGGUGGUAGCAUCCUGUGACAUUGAUCCUAGAAUAAGACUGACCUCCGUGAAACAUUGGUUCACCUUGUUUGUAUUUCAAGUAAGUAGAAUUAAAGCCAACCCAACGGAUACCCUUGCGCGGAUAUAUCUAACAAUUAUUCCUCGAGCCCGAAAGGCCGAAGGCCGAGUGGGCUUUUGACUCAGAGGCCAUGAGGGUGAGAGGAAUAAUUGUUUUAGUAACAUCCAACUAGUUGGUCAAAAAUAUCGAGACAGAACAACUUUAGCUAGCAAAACGCGAUUCAGCCGCCAUUGUUUUGGUUUUGAAAGCCGGCGCUUUUCGCUACUAGUUGGAACUAGUACUAGUACUAGUAGAAGCUCAACCAAUCAGAACGCAGCAUUGAUAAUAGACCACUAGUUGAAUUUUACUAAAGGCAGAUACCCUUUACAGUGUGGAAGUUUCUCGCCCGGUUAUGGUGUGUUGGCCUUUUUCCAUUUUCAUGUCAAAACCUCAAGGCAAAGGAGCCUAUGGGUUUUAAAAGACCUUAAAAGAAACUGCAACUACAGCAAAAAGUUCUUAACAAUACUCACUAUGAGCAUGAAAAUAGCCCUCCUCGCUUUAAAAACACCAAGCAGUAAACUGCUAUCUUUGAAUGGUUACCGAUUCGGUAAAAUCUGUUUCGAUGCAAGUUUCAAGUGCAUGGCAAAGGAACGAGGAACAUUUACCCUAUAUAUGUCUUUCUUGUUCACGCGCAAACUAUACCACAGGCGACCCAGACUCUAUAUCAAAAUUCUUUGCAAUCUGAAUUUUUAUGCUCACAACUAGAAAUCUAGACUCGAUAAAACGGCUUCCAAGUGACUCUAGAAGUGAACAGACAGUAAAACGCACAGUGAAAAUAGAAGUUGAGUCAAAUUGUAAUUUUGAUCGUAGUUUGUUUAUUUUCAUAGAUUCUUUCAUAUAAUUCCAAUUUCAAGGAACUCCCAUUCAUUUUACCGGAAUGACUUUCAUUCCGGAACAAGUUCAUUCCAUCUCCAUAUAUUUCUUUGAUAAACAGAUGUUCUUUAAUCUUGCCCCGCAUUCUGCAUAAAAUUGUUCUUCUUGUAUUGCAAAUCAAGUUGCAUUUGCCGUAGGUUUCUGAUUACUCAGUUUCUUGCAACUGAAGCUUUGGGUAAGAAUACCCUUUCCGAUAGGAGAUAGUCCGUCGACAGUUUUCCUCUAUUUGUGCGUCAACUUCAGAAAUGCGUGCUGAUGCGUUAGCGUUGCAUUUUAACUUUAAAUUUGACCAGCUAUUUGCGCAGCGAGUUCUACGGUCACGAUUGACUUCAAACUUGCAGAUAUAAAACUAGAGAGCUCUAAGGCUUAUUUGCUGAAGUUAGAGAAAAAUCUAUAUCUCAAGUAUUUAUAAAGUGCAACGCGACUUCACAUCUUAACAACCGCGAAAAUCUACCAAUUAAAUACGUACAACAAAGUGAAUCUAUUUAACCGUAGAGUUACAGUAAUUGCUACAGUAUUCUGAGAAACGUAACGCCUCAAAGGAACAGUGUCCCGAUUGUGCGCACGCGCGAUCGUCAUCUGUUUUUUUCUUCAAAAGACAAUAGAACUGUCAUAUUGACUCGACAAGAUUUCCUUCCGGACCGCACUGCCGACGGAGAUUUGUUGUUCACAUUCUCAAGUAAUGUAUAUUUUAGACUUUCGAAGAAGUUUUGCGUCUUAUUUAAAAUUUGGCUCGCGACACGAAGACGCAUCGCGAUUUUAUCGUUAGUAGGGCCGCCUCGCGACCCGAAAAUCUCGUUCCGCUCGCUUUAACAACAGCUUUUCUAAUGUAAAACCCGUGUCAGAGGUCAAUUGUUCCAAGUUUAGUAAUAUUUGCCUGAUUUGCUCGCGUUCUAGUCUCAAACGUUUGAAAGAUAUAAAUAAAAAUGAAAUCUCAACGCGAUGAAUUAUCGCAAAGGUUAGUGAAAAGUUAUAUUAUGAUUUCAUUGCACUAGUUUUUCUAAACAUGUAGCGCCUGUUUGUUUGAUUAAUUUGUCGGCCGUAGGGAGGUUCAUUUAAAAGAACGCGUCGUUGCAAAGCAUUCUGCUUCACGAAGCUUAAUUCCACAAGAUCUCCUCAGUCAGAUCCACGGUCUCAAUGGUUUCUUUCUUAGUCUCUAUUGUUGCUGUUUCAUUUCUGCGUAUUCCUUUCACAAUUAUCUGAGCUUGUACGGAAGCUAGCAGAAGAAAUAAGCCUUCAAUCAGCAUAAAAGCGCUGCCCAUCUUUUGGUCCUCCGGCCAACGGCAAAAGUAACACCAAAAGAUCCCGAUUUCGCCCAAAUCGAAACUCAACGGGGAGAAUAUAUCAUUUUUCUGUAAUCCUAAGAAGUUUUAGUGAAGUAUCGAACUCGCCCAAGCGCGAUGCAAACGGAUUUUUCAAGGUUCUCUUACUCUCCUGGCAUCUUUUGAUUUCGCGGCAUCCUGUCCAAAAAUCAAAGUUUGGUGCAUGCGCAGUAACGGGAUACUGUUCCUUCAAUACACCAUAAUAAUAUUUUCUCAUCCUACUGGGGGUAUUUACAUUUUUAUACUACUACAUGAGAAAUUACUGCAAUUUGAUUGGCUUAGAGCAGUGGUAUUUCAGCCUAGUUUGAAAUACCCACAUGUGAAAAUUACAAACCUUUUGCGGGUAGUAGUAUAAACAAAUAAUAGAAUGAUUUGUACGUGAUAUUUGGCAUAAAUACAACUCGUGAUAUUUCAAAAUUGUCUCAAAUUUCACGAGCCGUUAGGCGAGUGAAAUUACGUAUAACGAUUUUGAAAUGUCACUAGUGGUAUUUAUGCCAAAUAUCACUACUAAUCAUGCUAUUACCUAUACUAAUACACGUGCAUAAUUACGCGAAAAUCAAGGGCCUCGAUUUGGGGAAAUUUACGUCAUUGCCAAACAGCGAAAACAUGUUCAACUUACAUGCGUCAUUUCAGACAUCGCCGAAAAUAUAGCGCAUGCUCAUCACAAGACUCUUUUGCAUACAAUGAAAGUCGUCACGAUUCUUAUCCCCAGUUCCCACGGUCUCCGUUAGGGACGCCUGGGAACAUUCCCCCCUUUUCGCGACGGACCGACGAAAAAAAUACGCUUCCAUUUUUAGUGUCUCCCUCUGCUAAAGCAAACUCGACUAAUGAAAUUCUUGUUCUGGUACGAAAUUUUAUUCGGGUAUCAUGUUAUUCAUGUAAACUGAAAACGAACUUCAUAUCGGAUUGAAAAUCGCUAAUCUUGUAGUCUGGGGCGAGUGGCGCAAGCGUAUCUGAUCUUGUGGGAAAACUGCUCGAACCCUUGGCUCUAGCCAGAACGCUGUCUCGUCACCAGGGCCUUUGUUACUCUCAUCCAGCGUUCUGAACAGCAUCCCCGUCGCUGACCAAAAGGAUUGCGGCCUCUGGGAACGAGAUUGACCAGAACGUCUUUGGCUGAGCCGUUCGAUUUCAUCAUGUGAAUGCAAAACGAACUUCAUACUGGAAUAAAACUCAUUUCGAAAUGAAAGGCAUUCCGAUAUCAUGUAAACAGCCCCUAAGAAAUCGAAGUUUUCAUGCAGUUUAAUCAUAAUCACGUGGCCUGUUUUAAAAUAGCGGGAAGAUCAUGAUCACGUGGUACUCUUGGGUUCUAAAAGGGACUGGGAUGGAUCGUUUAUUUUAGUGCACUCAAGGGCGUAGGAUACACCUUGAUAAUUCUCUAAAAAUAUGAAUUUAUUCGCAUUCAUUGGUUAUAUUGUUGACAGGGCCUAACAGCACCUAUGCAAGGCUUCUUUAACUGCAUCGUGUAUGGCUGGGCAAGAAAGAAUUUCCGUGAAGCAUCGGAACGAAGAACUGUGUUACUUGAAUCCGACGAAUACAUUUCACAUUUUCAUCGACCGUCGUACGGAUCGUCGUUAUAAUGAUAAGGAUGUUCCAGUCAAUGCUUCAGUAAAUUAGUUCCUUGGGAUCUGAACGUUAUAAAGCACCCGGCUAUCAGAGCCUUUCUUUCACUUGCUCGACUUUGGCGUUCUCAAGAAAGACUGUGCAUGAAUGGAGUUAAGUCUUUGCAGAGCAUGUGCUGCUUGUUGCUGGGAUACAGCUUUGAAGCCAGGCCUAAUAACUGUACGUUCGGUUCUGCAGGCUCACGUAUGGCCAUCGGUUUAUCAAUAAGCGUAUGCUCGCACUCGGAAAACCAGUUUCAAAACGAAAGAGCUCGAGAUUGACUUGUUCAGGAGUUCGGCCUUCGCCGACUUCAAAGGCUUUACGCGAUUCAGGCCAAGCCUCUUUUGCUACUCCUCACUCAGGAGGGAACAAAGAGGCUCUUUUCGCAGGGUGUUUAUAAAGAAGCGAAUUGAACUGAUUGUUGCUUUAGUACGAAAACGUUCGUAGGAUUUCGCGUCAUAUACACUGGUCGAUUUGGAAGGAAGAGCGGUGGUUAGCGUGCGUUACUGGCUGAAUUAUUUUUGCGAGCGGCAGAGUUUUGGCAGCAAAACUGCCAUUCUCACCGCGUUGCCACGAGAAGCUAGCGCGGAAUGCCAAACUUUGCUCGCGCUAACGAUCCCGUCGGCUACGCAGGCCGGUGUGAUUGGUGGAGGGACGUGUGUCUUUUUCAUUUGUUCCGGGGAACGGGUGGGAGGAAAUUUGUUCACACAGUCUUGUGCAACAAUAGAGCGAUUUUCUUAUGACCUUGAAAUAAAAACGCGCAAACAAAACAGAAACAAGAAAGAACUUAAAUAGGGCGAUUUGAUUGGUUUAUCGAACGGAUACAAAGGCGCGUGGGUUUUGGUUGGUUAAGCGAACCCUAGGGUGAAAAUACUCCAUGCUCGAGAUCUGUCUAGAAGUCAACCGAUACUUCGCUUUGACCUCAUACUGCAACACGAUUGGUCAAGCGAACAAUGCGUUCUCCAUAUUAGGGUUUUCUUUGGCGGGAAAACGAAGAGGCCAUGUUUUGAUCUUUUCAUCCAUUGGCUGAUAAAACAAAUAACGAACACUUACCGAAACCAUUUUUCAAGGUCAUAAAAUCGCUCUAACAAACAUAUCCUAAAGCAUAUCCUAAGUGUCUUAACUCUGCCCUAAAAAUUGGGUAAAACCGCUGCCCAAGCAUAGAAACGGUUCAUUUGACGUGCGACGCUCGAAAGCCUCUUUGCUUAGGCUCUCGUUUUUCUCCCAGAAGCUCGCAUUUAGAAGGGUAAUACGAUCAAUAAACUGGGAUUUGAUGAGUUAUUUCCAAAUACAGUGGAAUCCCGUUAAUACGGUUACCAAUGGGCCUAAAAAAUUGGCCGUAUUAACGGGUGACCGUAACAAGGUUUUUUUUACAAGAAAAUGUAAGGCCGUGUUGCCGGGCGGCCAAAAACCGAUGGCCGCACUAAGGAGUAACCGUAUUUCCGAGGUGGCCGUGAGGCAGGGUUUCACUGUAAUACAUGAAAACGUAUAAAAUUUAGAACUCCUAACAACCUCAGUAUUUUUAAAAUUACACCUACGUUUUCCCUUUAAUUAUCAUUUGGAUGUUAAAAUUUCGGGCAAAUCAAAUUCCAACAGUUUUUAAACACCUUUAUGAAUUAAAACGUUUGAAGGAAAAAGGGUUUAACUUUUUUUAGCUUUUCAGUCCUGUUUUCCUUGAUUCAUUUCAUAUUUUUCUUUUGAUUAUUACGUCACUAUAAAUCAUGACAGUAUAUCUCUUUUGUCGCUGUUCAUUUUGUGAGACAUAUCAGUUAAUUUAUUUCUUAGUAUUCUUUAGGGUACAGUACUCUAAAGUAGCUACAAGCGAUGAUAUUUAAACAAUUUUUUUCUUUUUUAAGGACAGUCUUGAAGGUUUUGUCCCAAAGUCUUAGGGAACUUUCCAUUUGUCAGAACUAACCGGCCAGACCACUCCCGUCGUAAUAAGAACCUCACUUUUAAUCAAAUCUAUCCAGCCAGAUCAGUUAUAGUAUGCACGAAGGAAUUGGUUUUCAGUAAAACCCUUUGUAAAAAGCCGAUUUCAUUUUCUUACUGAAAGCCAGGGAAAAGGGCCCUGGGGACAAGGUUGUCCUAAAAUAGGCAGCGAAUAUACCUGGCUGUAUCUAGAGGCAGAGAAAAGGUUCAAACUUUCUAAGUUGAGUUUGUAACUAUUUCGAUUCUAGAUCGUAUUCUGUCGAAUAAGUGUAUGUUGUGGUUAGAUUUUAUCUUUGGUUGUAAAUGUUUUUCUCUUUUCCUAGGGUAUAGUAAUGUAUAAUAAUGAGUGAAAAGCAAAGGGAAUUACAAUGGAAACCAAGGAUAAAAUUUAAAACCACAACAUAUGAACUGAUUUUUGGUAUAAUGCGGAGCAAAAUUAUUUAUCUCUAAUAAGACAUUAUAUCUUAUGAAAUACCGUAAAAUUCCGAAAAUAAGCCCCUCCAAAUAUAAGCCCCCUAAACGGGUAACGCAAAAAAUCCUCCGUUAAACCGCCCCUCCAAAUAUGAGCCCCCGGGGGCUUGUACUUGGAAAAUUACCGUCAAUUACAAAGUAAAACAAAGCAAAAACGGUAAAUUUACUUCCAACUAUAAGGCUAGCCCAAUCAAUUUAGAAACGCAAAUUUCCCUCCGUAAAUAAGCCCCUCCGAAUAUAAGCCCCUCCAAAAAUAAGCCCCUCAAAAAGGGCCUUUGAAAAAUAUAAGCCCCAGGGCUUAUUUUCGGAAUUUUACGGUAGUUCACUUGACAAAGUUUAAAGGUUCAUGAUUAUUAUUUUGUAUUUAAUUUUUAACACAGCUAAAUGAUGAUUGUAUGUGCACCAAGUGUUCAGUACAAAAUGUUUAUCUCCUGGAAAAAAUUUGUCCACAACACUUAGACACUGAUUUUUGGCAUUAUGCGGAGCAAAAUUAUUUAUCUCCAAUAAGACAUUAUAUCUUAUGAAAUAGUUCUCUUGACAAAGUUUAUAGGGUCAUGAUUAUUUUUUUGUAUUUAAGUUUUAAUACAGCUAAAUGAUCAUUGCAUGUGCACGAAGUGUUCAGUACAAAAUCUGUUUAUCUCCUGGGGAUAUCCUCUAUAAUUGCCUUUACGGGGACGCUGCGCCCGAAAAAUUAAAGUACCUUAUUCCAGCUUCAGGUAUAUUAAAGUGUUCCCUUUUAUAUUCUUCAACUAGUGAAAUGCUUCCUGGC